CUUAGACAUUUCACGCCCGCAUGGCAUGCAGUCGUAAUGGGGACGGGUGCAACUUCUGCCCUCCUUACAGACUUCCCAUACGGACAAGACAACAAUCAUCUCAAAAUUGCUGGUUGUGCAUUCUUCAUACUCAACCUCGUCCUUUUUGUCUUCGUUUGUGUCUGCUCGGUUCUGAGAUAUGUCCUGUACCCCGACAUUUUCUGGCUCAUGCUUGGCCAUCCUGCUCAAAGUCUCUUCAUUGGGUGUUUCCCAAUGGGCAUGGCUACCUUGAUAAAUUCCGCUUUGGCUUUAAAUCAAAAUUGGGGAUUUGGCGGCGAGCAUUUCCUCCGUGCAAUGUGGGCAUUCUGGUGGCUAGACGCAGGAUUGUCCUGUCUUGUGGCAUAUGGCAUGAUCUACACCAUGCAAGAUCAAUUUCCACUACUCACGUCCAGUUGCAGGUCCGUACGUCAUGAGCACUCAAUCUCAGACAUGGCAGCUGUUUGGCUGUUGCCCGUCGUACCGCUGGUUGUCGCAUCCUCAACAGGCGGUCUACUCGCUACCGCGCUCAAGGAGUAUUCGCAUACACUUUCCCUCGUCACCAUCAGCAUCUCCUUCAGCAUGCUCGCCAUGGGGCUUGGCUUUGCUCUCAUGAUGAUCACCAUCUACCUCCUGCGCCUCAUCAUUCGCGGUGUGCCCGACGCGGGGCUGGUACUUUCCGCAUUCAUCGUCCUCGGUCCGCUCGGACAGGGCGGAUUCUCGCUUCUCGUGAAUGGUUCCGCAAUCUCAGAGCUCCUCCCGUUGCAUCUCGCUGCUAGCGGCGCCGACUUCCCACAGUCCACGCUUGCGGGGCAGAUGAUCUUCGCGACAUGCUUCUGCAGCGCAUACGCACUAUGGUCCAUCGGUAUCGCGUGGAUUGUUGUUGCGCUGUGUUCGAUAUACCAUGUCGUCGUCGCCCGUGGCGCGAGGCUUCAUUUCAGCUUGGGAUACUGGGGUCUCAUUUUCCCCAACGGCGUGUUUGCGCUGUUGACUGUCGAGCUCUCGAAGGUGCUCAACAGUGGAUUUUUCAGGGUAGCAGGGUCUCUUUGGUCAGCUCUCGUGUUCCUAUUGUGGAGCGCGAUCUUCUUGCGGAGCAUCCCUGCGUUCAUCGACGGCUCACUCUUCCAAGCACCUUGCCUGCCUGACGGCUCGGCAGCUACGUUGCUGCCAACCACGCAGACAGGCGUUCACGAGCAGGCUACGAGGUCUGUGGAGAAGGCCUCUAGUAGCUCUGACGCCCCAUUCACCGAGGCCGCCCGCAAGUCUCAGUGA